CCUCGCGCACCGGAAGAGGCGGGGCCUCGAGUGAAGCUUCAGGUAAUGCCAGAAGAGCGGCUUCCGUUUUCGUUCUCGUUCUUGACCACGCCCGCCAGGGCCCCGGGGGUUGCUGCUCUCGGUGGCUAGUUAUGCUGCCAGAUGCUGCGGCGGACUCCGUCCUGAGGCCUCCGGGAAGCGGGGAAUGGAUGCGGAUUUGUCGGCCAUUACGGUUUAUUUCACCCACGCCAGGAGCUGCCGUCGCCGUCCCGCGUCUCGCCAUGAACAAAGAGCCCUCGAGAGGAGAAGACGCCUUGGGAGCGGCGACCGCCGUGGCGCGACUCCGGGAGCCGGCGGGACAAAUACAAAUGAAUUGUGAUGGAAACUUUGAAAAUGUAGAGCUAGGUGUCAUAGGGAAAAAAAAGAAAAUUCCAAAACGGAUCAUUCACUUUGUCAGUGGUGAAACCAUGGAAGAAUAUAGCACUGAUGAAGAUGAAAAUGAUGGUAAAGAGCAAAGAGAUCUUUUAUCUACUAUUGAUCCGACAAAACUCCCCUGGGGUCCCUACUUAUGGUUUUACAUGCUUCGUGCUGCCACAUCGACCCUUUCAGUGUGUGACUUUCUUGGAGAGAAGAUUGCAUCACUUCUGGGUAUCAGCACCCCAAAGUAUCAAUAUGCGAUUGAUGAAUAUUAUCGGAUGAAGAAAGAGGAGGAGGAGGAAGAAGAAGAAAAUCGAAUGUCUGAAGAGGCAGAAAGACAGUAUCAGGAUCAGCAGAAGAAGCUCCAGGCUGACUCUAUUGUUCAAAUGAACCAGCCAGACACUGUGGCAUCAAGUUCUUUUGUUAAUCUUAAUUUUAAAAUGGAUGGAGACUGUGAAGUAACUAUGGAAAAUAAACAAAAUCUAACUCCUAUUGGCCACAACUUAGAAUAAAACAACUUAGCAAAUUUCAAACUCCAGGGCAUUUUUUUUUUUUUUUUUAAAUUUAAGGAAACUUAUGGUGAAGUUUAUAACUAAAAUUUUGUUAAAAGGGAUAAUUCUACAUGAAACCCAAGGUCACACAACUAUUAAGUGUCUGAGGCUAGAUUUUAAUUCAGGAUAAUUUAGGAUGUCUCUUAAAGAAUCCAAAGUCUGUCUAGUAAACAGCAGUUUUCUUUCAAACAUAUGAUUGAUUAUAGACAUAAGCAUAGGCUAAAGCUAAUUAUCUAACAUAUAUAUAUAUAUAUAUAUAUAUAUAUAUAUAUAUAAACAUAAAACUUUUUUGUCUAAAUGUCUUAUGACAAUAGGAAAACAUGCCAUUUUUUGUUUAUAACAUGGCAAGGAAGAUGGUGAACUGAACUUGUAUUCCUAAAUUUUCUAAAUAAAAUUGGAUUUUUUAAGAUAAUAUUUUAAAAUUUGUAUCCAUAUUUAUGUUGAUUCUAGUUAAUAUACUAUUAGAGUUACUUUCUUCAGUGCCUAAAAUUUUGUCUUAGAACAAGAUGGAAACCAUUUUUUUCUUGUUAGUUUAGAAAAAUUCAUAUUCCAUGGAAAGUAAUAUUUAGUUAGAAUGGAACUGUUCAUUUCUAUUCUUCCCAAUUUAGGUUUUAAGAUUAAUUUUGGCUUGUUUAAACCUCCUUAAUCUUGAUUUUUUCCUCAUAGUAGAAUUAGGGACCAAAUCAAAUUUUGUCUCAUUUCAAAUUGAAAAAUAUUAAAAAAUACUUUUUAUACAAGCUGUAAAGAUCCAUUAGCAACUGAAUAAAUUACAAUGAGCAUAUAAAAGCAUAUUCAGAUUUCUCAGAUUCUAGAUUUUGGCAAUGAAGUUUUUGCCUUUACUUCACUUUUUUGUUUUCCAGUGGCUAGAAGUGAUUGAUAUUUUAAAUUAGCAUAAUCAGUCCAUAACCCACCAUGUUAUUUGCAAAUUUUAUAUAGGUGUAAGAAGUUACUUUUGGAUAUGUGCUCAAAUACAUAAUCAGUACGCAUGUGAGAUUUGUUUGUGAUGGUCAUUUAUAACUUUAAGAAAUGCAGGGACAGGAAAGAAUGAGUGAUGUGUUUUAUUAAAUGCUGCUUUUAAAAUCCAGUGUUUCUAAAACACAACAAAAAACUGAAUAAGCUUU